AUGGGUUCAAAAUUUAUUCUUGGAACUACAUUCUUUUUGUUCUUGAUAUCAUUUUCCAUAAAAGCCAGAGCUGCAGAUUUUGAUAUCAAGAAGUAUGGAGCCAAGGCUGAUGGCAAGACAGAUGAUAGCCAGGCUAUUAAUAGUGCUUGGAAAGAAGCAUGCGCAUCUACAACUCCGAGCACGGUUCUGAUAGCAAAAGGAAACUACAUGGCUGGUCCAGUGAAGUUUCAAGGGCCCUGCAAAGCACCGGUUGUUUUCCGAAAUAUUGAUGGGUUAACAGUCUCAGGAGGUGGCACUUUUGAUGGCCAAGGAUCAAUAGCUUGGUCCAAAAAUGAUUGUGCCAAAACUGGAAAGUGCAACUCACUGCCUAUAAACAUAAGAUUCACAGGGCUUACCAAUUCACACAUUCAAAACAUAACAUCUUCGAACAGCAAGCUGUUCCACAUAAACGUCUUGAACUGCAAAAACGUGACACUUCAACAUGUGAUCAUCACUGCCCCUGGUGAAAGCCUAAACACAGAUGGAAUCCACAUUGGCCGGUCAUUGAACAUUAACAUCACCGGCGCAGAGAUCAAAACUGGUGAUGAUUGCAUCUCUCUUGGCGAUGGAAGCCAGCAAAUAAACAUUGAAAAGGUGAAGUGCGGGCCUGGCCAUGGCAUCAGCAUUGGGAGCCUAGGCAGGUACCAUGAUGAACAACCUGUCACAGGAGUCACAGUGAGAAACUGCACCAUAUCAAACACUUCAAAUGGCGUGAGGGUCAAGACAUGGCCAGCUUCUCCAAAUGGUGUGGCCUCAGAUUUGCACUUUGAGGACAUAAUUAUGGAAAAUGUGAAGACCUCCCCUGUUCUUAUAGACCAAGAAUACUGUCCAAAUGGCCAAUGCCAAGCAAAACUCCCGUCGAAAGUUAAGAUCAGCAAUGUGAGCUUCAAGAACAUUAGGGGCACUUCUGCUGAUCCUGUUGUUGUGAAGCUUGCUUGCAGCAAAGGCAUUCCUUGCCAGAAUGUGCAAAUUAGUGACAUCCAUUUGACAUACAAUGGGAAAAAUGGUGCUGCCACAUCUGUAUGUACUAACGUCAAGCCCACUAUGACUGGCCAAAUUUUUCCACCUGCUUGUGCAAAGACUGCAGCUUUAAGGUGA